AUGAAGCUCAGCCGCUGCAACGGCGAGGACGACGAAGUACAGUGGAGCGAAGCACAAGAACGCGCAGCCCGGAUAAACAAGGCACCUCGCUUGACAGAAGCGAACAUCACACCACUUCGGCACUACGAGCUGUGCGACCAUCGCCACCUGGGCGAGCUCGAGGAGCCCCCCAGCAAGUACAACCUGGAGGCGGACGCGAACUGGAUGCGCAAAGACGUGUCCGUGUUCGUGCUGAACGCAGUGGAGGACACCCAGCGGUGGUCCGUGAUGGUGCGGCGGCUGCAGGAGCUGGACAUCCAGUUCCAGCGCAUCUGGGCUGUCAACCUGACGCACCUGCACACCUACGGUGACGCGGCUUCUCUGGUCGGCGCGCCCGUGGACGGGGAGCCGGUGCUGGAGGCCGCCAGGCGGCACAAGCACCUCCCGGCGGACUACGACGUGGCCGAGGCGCAGAAUGCGUCGCUCGACCUGCCGGGGCUCGGCACGCGGGCGGCGGUCCUGGCUGCCGCGGGCACGGCGGCGGGGCACUUGCUGGCCCUGCGCCAGGCUGCCUCGCGUGCGGGCGACAAGCCGCUGGUGCUGCUGCUGGAGGACGACGCCCUCCUGACGAGCUUCUUCCCCACGAGGCUGCGCUCCCUCUUGCAGGAGACGCCGUGCGACUGGAAGGCGUUGUCACUCAAGUCGCAGUGCCCGCACGGCGCGUGCGUGUCGCCACACGUCAUGCGGGUCAUGCCGAGCAAGCUCGACCCUCAAGAGGGCUGCAGGCGCGGAGUGAAUCGGGGGCUGCGCGCCGUGCUGUACAGGCGCGAGCAGUUGCCGGAGGUCUCGGCCAGGCUGUGGUCGGUGGUCUGGCAGCAGCAGCAUCCGCUGUGCCUGAACACGGACAUGGCGCUCGCUGCUCUCGCAGACGAGAUCCCGUACUACGCGGUGCCAGCGAUCCAGUACCCCGGGUUCCUCUAG